UGCUGCUGCGGGCGGAGGGAGGGGGGCGCGCGGCUGGAACGGCGGCCGGCGCGAGGGUUCUGCGGGGUCUGGCGGCGGAGGGGGGGAAGUCCCUUCGGGAGGCGUCGGCGCGGGGAGCCGCAGGUUCGAAUCCUGGGUGGGGCGGCCGGGGGUGGAUGGAGCAGCGAUGAGACCAGUAGGCAUUGAGGGCAGCUGAGAUCCAGGAGGAGGCCCCAGCCCCUUCUCUUUCAGCGGUGGAGAGGCUCGGUCCCAGCUUCCCAGGGAAGAGAUUUAACUUAAUCUGGGGUUGAUGGUUGGGGGCUGAGUGCAGCUAUUUCAGUUAUUCUUGGGACUGGGGGUUAGGGGGCUCACCCUAGGGCUUGGAGAGGGGUUGGGUUUAAUCUGAAUUUGGUAGGUAGGCUAGCUGGAGAAUCAGUAGGCUGGGGUUGGGUUGAGUCUAUUCAUUGAGUUGAAUUUAAUCUGAGAGGCGAGCCUAGCUGGGCUUGGUAGAAGUGGAGGAUCUAUAGGUUAGAGUGCUGGUUGGGAGAAAGUAGGGGGCAUCCAGAGCGGGGAGAAUUGCAAAGAGCUGUUCCUAACUGGGUUUGGUGGUGGUCAAGAGAAGGAGAGUUUGAAGCUGAAGAAGGAACUGUUGGGGGUCCCCUUGAGUGAGAUUUCUGGGUAGCCUACACGAUGGAAGAGCCAAGCGAGCGGAGCCCCCUUCUGGGAAGCACCAGCUAUGACAUGCCCCGUUCUCCGGGCACCAGUGCCCCCAGCGUGUUCCACGGGCGACACUUGGCCUGCGUCGCCGUGCUUUUGACUGAGCUGUUGGAGAGGGCAGCCUUCUAUGGCAUCACUUCCAACCUGGUGCUCUUCCUGAACGGGCCACCCUAUAACUGGGAAGGCGCCCAAGCCAGCCAGGCCUUGCUGCUCUUCAUGGGGGUGACUUAUUUGGUGUCUCCUUUUGGAGGCUGGCUGGCCGACGCCCUGCUUGGCAAGUUCCCCACCAUCUUGGCCAGCAUGGCCUUGUACCUGUUGGGCAUGCUGGCCUUCCCCGCCAUGGCUAUCCCCGCCACCAUGCAGUGGCUCUGUGGCGAUGUGCCCCUCUCCGCCGUUGAGAACUGCUCUUCACCAGUCAACGCCACCACAGAUUCUCCAUGCCGCCUGGAGGGGACAACCCGCUAUUGCACAGUGGCCGCCUUCCUUGGCCUUGUCCUCGUGGGUAUCAGCGUGGGAUCUGUCAAAGCCAACAUCACACCCUUUGGAGCAGAUCAGGUCAAAGAUCGAGGCCCCGAAGCCACCCGUCGUUUUUUUAAUUGGUUUUACUGGAGCAUUAACUUGGGUGCCAUCUUCUCCCUGGGGGGCGUUGCAUAUAUCCAGCAGAAUGUUAAUUUCAUCAUAGGCUAUAUCAUUCCGACUGUCUGCAUCGGGGUCUCCUUUGUUGUCUUCCUGUGUGGCCAGAGUUUCUUCAUCACGAAACCUCCCGAUGGCAGUGCCUUCACAGACAUGUUUAAGAUUCUGGCUUACUCAUGUUGCUCCAGAAAAAGGCCCAGGGAACACAUCAGCAAUGGGGGCACCCAAGGGAUACUUCAGCAGCCUCCUGUAAAGCAAAGCCUUUUUGAGACGGCCAAAGCAUCUCGUGGAGGGCCUUUCAGAGAAGACAAAGUUGAAGAUGUGAAGGCCCUCGUCAAGAUCAUCCCUGUCUUCCUGGCACUCAUACCGUACUGGACUGUUUAUUUUCAGAUGCAGACGACCUACGUCCUCCAAAGCCUGCACCUGAGAAUUCCUCAGUUUUCAAACAGCACCUCGAACAGCCAUACGUUCCCAGCAGCAUGGCUGACCAUGUUUGAUGCAGUGCUUAUUCUCAUCCUAAUACCUUUGAAAGAUAAAGUGGUUGACCCCAUUCUGAAGAGGAAUGGGCUGCUUCCUUCGUCUCUAAAGAGAAUUGCAGUCGGAAUGUUUUUUGUGAUGUGCUCUGCGUUCGCCGCAGGAAUAUUGGAAAGCAAUAGGCUGAAUAUUGUGAAGGUCAAGACGAUCGAGCAGAAGAUUGGGACGGGGCUGUAUCACGCCGCCGACAUGUCAAUCUGGUGGCAGGUCCCUCAAUAUAUCCUGAUUGGGUUCAGCGAAAUAUUUGCAAGCAUUGCAGGUCUGGAAUUUGCCUAUUCAGCCGCUCCCAAAUCGAUGCAAAGUGCAAUUAUGGGUCUCUUUUUCUUCUUUUCCGGAAUUGGAUCUUUCGUGGGCUCCGGGUUGUUAGCACUGGUGUCUAUUAAGUCAAUUGGCUGGAUGAGCAAUCAUGCCGAUUUUGGUAACAUAAAUGGGUGCCAUUUAAAUUACUACUUUUUCUUGUUGGCGGCUAUCCAAGGAGUAACCCUUCUGCUUUUCCUUAUUGUUUCUGUGAAAUAUGACCACCAAAGAUCCCGGACUAAUGGAGCCGCUACCAUCGGGCGGACCUGAUAUGAUCUGCAGCGGCAGUGCAAUUUAUUUGACUGGUUUAUACAAUGAGCCAUCAGCUGCGAGGUCUUUAAAAGACGUUCUUUCAGUGGGACGCUGUCUUUAAACUUGCAUGAUACACUGAGUUCUUGCCUCAACCCUCUUUCCUUCCCCUGUAAAAGUAGGUAAGUGCCUUAUGGUUAGCAAGAUAUAUAUAUAGGCCUUGGCCGGAACCCUGACAUAUAGGGUGAAAACUGUUCUCAAGUGCAUUACUGUUUGGCAUUGAAGGCGCACCACGCUCAUUCCAAGCUGUCUUCUCCCAUUUGUCAAAGCUGGGAAUGGUUCGCCUUUGGAAAUCAAGAUGGUUACAGCCUGCGAUGGAUUUUUUAAAAAUAAUCUUUUAAUAAAGAACUGAAGGACGUUGAUGAAAACAAUGUUCAGAAUUCCUUUUUUGUGUGUUUUUCCCCAAGUGGUCGGUCUCUCUCUCUCAACUGAAGCAGCCAAAUAGAUGGGAUUGGACAUUUUUCUUGUUAAAUUAUAUGGAAAUGAAGUGGGGGGAAGGAAUAUGUCAUCCUACAAUAAACAAAAAAGAGCGAGACUUCAAUAUGCACGUUCUUCAAAGUGAAAUUGGCACUUCAGUGUCUGCUAAUGAUUAGACUUCAUGAUAGAACAUGGCGGUUGUUUGGCGGCUGCAGAUUUUGAUGCCUGUUUAAUCAUGCUAAGGUGAGAGAAUGAGCUGGUACCGGCAGAGUUUUUUGCCUUGUGCUUUCAGAAUUUAAUUUUUUUUCUAGGUAGGAAAAGCAUUGAAACUAUAUCAAAAAUAUUUUAUGCUGUGAAGAAACAAAUCUUUUACCUCCCAGUUGUGAGUUCCUUUCUCCAGUUAAAAACUGAAAGGUAGAAGGGUGAAAACGAAGCUACAGUUAAGACCUAAUUUGUAGUGAGGGUGGAAGGACAUUGAUGGACGCAGUCAACAUGUACUGGAGGCAUAAGGGGGAAAUAGGUUGUGAGGGUGGGCCACCGUGUUUCAUAAUUACAAGUCAACAAGACAUCCAUGAAUCCAUCUUGACCAGCAGAUCCACUGUGUGCCAGAUUCUUCUUGCAACCCACUUCCAUGUGAUUCUCCGUUAAAUGCAAUCUCCCAGAGGACAAAACCGUUGUAUGAAUCCACGCUGAGCCUUCCAGAGUGGUAGGAAGUACAAUAACAGAUACAUUUCUUAAGCAUUUUACACGUGAUCUUAAAUGCCUACAAAAGAAAAUAUCGGGAUCCUCAGCCAAAAGUUCUUGAUUCCCCCCCCCCCCCCCCGUUGGCUUCAUUUUAAUUCUUUCCUCUCUAUUGUAUUGAUAACUAUGACGGAGCAAUACGUAAAAGCAGUAUUUUGCACAGAAGUUAGUCGACUUAAAAAAAAAACCCACUUCAACUACUCGCAAAUGGUUUUUAAAGUUUUCUUUUGUAUAAGUGGUUUAAUUUUUAAGCAUGUUUAAAAACUGAAUAGAAAGCAAACUUUGGUUGUACAUAAACCUUUGUUAACGCCAGUUUACAAAAAAACAAAAAAAAACCUCUGAGGCUGUAAGCCUCUGUUCCUCGGUAAAUAAAAUGAUGCUGCAGA